AUGGGCAAUCGAGCAGCACGUAAUAGACAAGCUGGUCUUCCAGCCUAUGGAACUGGAUAUGAUCCAUAUUACGGAAUGGAUUACUACGGCGGUGCUUAUGAUCCUUAUGGAUACUCGUAUGGCGGUUAUCCAACUGGUGGAUAUGCAACAGGUUACGUUACAACAGCCGUCGUUCCAGCUGCCCCAAUUGGACGAGCUCCAAUUGUCGGUGGUGUAGGUAUUGGUCUUCCACCUAAAAUCCGUGCUAUCUUUAUUCCACAAGGUGGAGUUGCUGCCUCACCAUGUGCUCCAGCUCCAGCUAUUGGUGGAUGCGGUGGCUUCGGCGGCUUCGGCGGAGGUUUACCAGUCGGAGGUUUCGGUGGAGGUUUACCAGUCGGAGGUUUCGGUGGAGGUUUACCAGUCGGAGGUUUCGGUGGAGGUUUACCAGUCGGAGGCUUCGGUGGAGGUUUACCAGUCGGAGGUUUCGGUGGAGGUUUACCAAUCGGAGGCUUCGGUGGAGGUUUACCAGUCGGCGGCUUCGGUGGAGGUUUACCAGUCGGCGGCUUCGGCGGAGGUUUACCAGUCGGCGGCUUCGGCGGAGGUUUACCAGUCGGAGGCUUCGGCGGAGGUUUACCAGUCGGCGGCUUCAGUGGCGGUUAUGGCGGUGGUUGCGGUUUCGGUGGUGGUUACGGUGCUGCUCCAUCUUUCGGCGCCAGUUUUGGUGCUGCUCCCGCUUUCGGCGCCGGUUAUGGUGCUGCUCCAGCUUUCGGCGCCGGUUAUGGUGCCGCUCCAGCUUUCGGCGCCGGUUAUGGUGCUGUCCCGUCUUUCGGAGCCGCUCUUCCACCUAUGGGAGUUGCACGAUCACUAGGAGCUUGUGGUGCACCAAUUGCUCAACCAUACAGCCAAUUGCAAGCAAUUCCACCACCAGUCUAUGCACCACCACCAGUCUAUGCACCACCACCAGUCUAUGCACCACCACCAGUCUAUGCACCACCACCACCAGUCUAUGCACCACCACCAGUUCCACAAUACAUCCCACCACCACCAGUACCACAAUAUAUCCCACCACCACCAGUACCACAAUAUAUUCCACCACCACAACCAAUCUGCGCACCACCACCACCACCAGUUCCUCAAUACAUUCCACCACCACCAGUGCCUCAAUACAUUCCACCACCACCACCAGUGCCUCAAUACAUUCCACCACCACCACCACCACAACCAAUCUGCCCACCACCUCAAUUUGCUCCACCACCACCUCAAUAUAUUCCACCCCCACCACCACCACCCCAAUUCAUUCCACCACCUCCACCACCACCUCAAUACAUUCCACCCCCACCACCACCACAACCAAUCUGCCCACCACCUCAAUUUACUCCCCCCCCACCUCAAUAUCUUCCACCACCACCCCCACCCCCCCAAUGCCUUCCANUCGAACGUGAUACUAAAUCUUCAUGUGUUUAUUUACUAUUGAAGAAAUUCAGCUAA